UGGCUCCUGUGUAUUGGUUUGUGGCCAGUUUAAACCAGUUCACAGCUGUUAUAAGGUGUGGGAUGAGCGGGAUCCUGUGAGCGCUGGAGCUCACGCCUGUGGCUGCCGGUGCCGGUGGCCAUGCGAGCCCACAUGCCCGGGGCGAGUGGCACGGCUCUCCGGGCAGCAGACAGCUGCUCACAGCCCAGACUAGAGUGCAGCAACCCUGGAGCUCUCUCACAGGCUUUCGGCUGCAGCAUCUUCCCCUCCAGCAUGGCCACCGCGGCCCGGCGAGCUGGUGCCGCCCUGCAGCGGGAGGAGAGGGGGGACGUCACCUGCCCGCUGCUCUUCAUCCAGCUCAACCAGCUCCUCAACACCCCGGCGGGGCUGGAGUGGAGGGAGAUGGCCAGGUGGAUCAAGUUUGAGGAGAAGGUGGAGGAUGGCGGGGAGCGCUGGAGUGCACCCCAUGUCCCAGCUCUGCCCCUGCACAGCCUGUUCCAGCUGAGGACAUGCCUGCAGAAGGGGACACUGCUUCUGGAUCUGGAUGCCACCAGUUUCAAGGAAAUAAUUGACAAAGCACUUUCCGAGCAGCCUGAGGAAGCAGAGCUGCAGCCUGCACUGAAGGAGCGCCUGGCAGCCCUCCUGCUCCUCCAGCCACAGCACCAGCCCACAAAAUCCCUGCUGCAGCUCCUUGCCGAGCUUGGUCUCUCUCUGUGCCAAGGGAAAGCCAAAGGCAGGUCUGAGCCCAGAACCCAGGUCUCCAAAACACCUCUUAAGGAGCAGCUGCGAAACAGAUUCAAGAAGAAGGUCCCACCAGGGGCUGAAGCAGCCCACGUUGCUGUCGGGGAAGUUGAAUUCCUGGAAAAGCCCUUCAUUGCCUUCAUUCGCCUCAGGCAUGGCGUGUCCCUUGGCUCACUGGCUGAGGUUUCUCUUCCAAGCAGGUUCCUCUUCAUCCUGCUGGGCCCCCCCAAAGUGAAAGCCUACCAGGAGGUAGGCAGGGCCAUGGCCACACUGCUGACAGAUGAGCUCUUCCAAAGAGUUGCCCGGCAGGCUGAGCACCGAGAGGACCUCAUGGCAGGGAUAGAGGCAUUUCUGGAUGAGCUGGUUGUGCUUCCUCCUGGGAAGUGGGACCCUGGUGCCCGAAUUCCUCCUCCAAGCCAUCUGCCAGCUCCACGCAGGAGGACGGCUGUGGACCCACUGGACCAGCAGCCACAUGGUAAUGGGGACAUGACAGCAGCUGGGGACAGAGCCAGCCCAGGGCACCCACACUCUGGGGAGGAGCUGGAGAGGACAGGCAGGCUUUUUGGAGGGCUGCUGCGAGACAUCCGGAGGAAGGCACCGUGGUACGGCAGCGACUUCUCCGACGCCCUGCACCCUCAGUGCCUCUCAGCAGUGCUCUACAUCUACCUGGCGACAGUCACCAAUGCCAUCACCUUCGGGGGCAUGCUGGGGGAUGCAACCGCCAACAUGCAGGGGGUGCUGGAGAGCUUCCUGGGCACAGCCUUUGCUGGCUCCAUCUUCUGCCUCUUUUCGGGCCAACCCCUGACCAUCCUGAGCAGCACCGGCCCCGUGCUCGUCUUUGAGCGCCUCCUCUUCUCCUUCAGCCAGGAUCACGGCCUGGACUACCUGGAGUUCCGCCUCUGGAUUGGGCUCUGGGUGGCCUUUUUCGGUGUGGUGCUGGUGGCCACUGAGGCCAGUCACCUGGUGAGGUACUUCACCCGCUUCACCGAGGAAGGCUUCUGCGCACUCAUCAGCCUGAUAUUCAUCUACGACUCCCUGAAGAAGAUGCUGAGCCUGGCAGAUGCCUUCCCCAUCAACUGGCAGUACCGGCUGGACAACGUCACCUCCUACAGCUGCACCUGCAACUUGUCCAGCCCCGGCCACAGCUCGGCAGGGAAUGACUCGUCGCUGCCCUCACCCCUGGCCACCCGGCAGGUACAGCCCCUGCUGCCAGGCAGGCAGGAAAGGCCCGGGGGUGAGCCCAAGGUGUCCAUGUGUGAUCCCUCCUCACCACCCACCUCGUCCCUGCAGCCUCCUGCCACCCCAGCAGGGCUGAGCAGGACCCAGUGCCUGGAUCGAGGCGGGCAUCUCCUGGGGACAAGCUGCCACUAUGUGCCCGAUGUCACCCUCAUCUCCUUCCUGCUCUUUGGGGGCACCUUCCUCUUCUGCACCGCACUCAAGCACUUCAGGAGCAGCCGCUACUUCCCCGUGGGGGUGCGGAAGCUGGUGAGCGACUUCGCUGUCAUCCUGGCCAUCCUCGCCUCCUGCGCUGUCGAUGCUCUCCUGGGCCUGGAGACCCCCAAGUUGCUUGUCCCCAGCGAGCUGAAGCCCACAAACCCAGCACGGGGCUGGAUCGUUUUCCCCUUUGGAGCCAACCCGUGGUGGGUCUGCCUGCUGUCCGCGGUGCCCGCUGUCCUUGUCACCAUCCUCAUUUUCAUGGACCAGCAGAUCACAGCUGUCAUUCUUAACCGCAGGGAGUACAAGCUGCAGAAAGGAGCAGGCUUCCACCUGGACCUCCUCUGUGUCUCCCUCCUGAUGGUCGUCACCUCUGUCACUGGCCUCCCCUGGUAUGUCUCAGCCACUGUUAUCUCCCUGGCACACAUGGACAGCCUGAGGAAGGAGAGUGCAACCUCAGCCCCCGGCGAGCCCCCCGAGUUCCUGGGCAUCAGGGAGCAGAGGCUGACAGGCCUGGCUGUCUUCAUCCUGAUGGGAGCCUCUGUCUUCAUGGCCCCCGUGCUCAAGCACAUCCCGAUGCCGGUGCUGUAUGGGGCGUUCCUGCACAUGGGGGUGACGGCCCUGAACAGCAUCCAGCUCAUGGACCGCGUGCGGCUGCUCCUGAUGCCAGCCAAGCACCAGCCAGACCUUGCCUACCUCCGCCACGUGCCCCUGCGCCGGGUGCACCUCUUCACCAGCAUCCAGCUGCUCUGCCUGGCCCUGCUCUGGCUUCUCAAGUCCACCGUGGCCGCUAUUAUUUUCCCAGUGAUGCUGCUGGCGCUGCUGGGGAUCCGGAAGGGGCUGGAGCGCAUCUUCUCCCCGCACGACCUGAGCUGGCUGGACGGGCCCGUGCCCGGGCCGGGGGCGGCGGGGCCACGGCCCCGGGAGCGGACGGAGCAGGGCAGCAGAGCCGAGGAGGUCGGUGCUCUCCUGGGAGCCUCGCUCGGCCACAGCCGCCGCGGGGCCGCAGCGCUGGCGCGGGGAGGCGCGAUGGCGGCCCGGUAAGCUGUGCUGCCCCGCAGAGCGAGCGGCUGCAGCGCCGGGACGCGCGGAGCAACCGGGCCGUGAGCUAGGCCGCGCCGCGCGCGCCCGACACCCCGGACACGUGGCCGCGCGGUGACGUCACUGUGGGCGUGGUCGCUGGAGCGGAGAGCCAGGACACCCAGCCUAUGGCGGCCCGCAGCCGGGAGGGGGCGUGGCCAUGCAGGAGGCAGAGCCUUCGCUGUGAUUGGCAGCUCCGUGACCCAAUCACCGCUCGGGACAGGCGGGCGUGUGACAGUGUCUCGCGCUGACGGAGUCCUUCUGAGGCGUUCGAAGGGGAGGCGGGCCCAGGGCAUGCAGGAGCCAAUCGAAAGACGCCAGACGCCGUGCGUUGUGAGCGAUGUACCUUUCAGCCAAUUAAAACCGUGAUUCCUGGACGCGCUUUGAUCGACAGCUCGCUCGCCCCAUCGGCGCCCUCAGCUUCACCAAGGCACAUGAUUGAUGUUCCGGAGAACCAAUCAGAGCUCGGAAAGUUCAGGAAGCGAGGCCGGGCGAGCGGGGCGGGGCGGCGCACUCUUAC